UGAGUCGGACAUCUCCACUUCAGAGACAGGAAUCAAAACAAGCGGAGCGGACACGCCUUCGCCAUGGCUCUCGGUCUGCUGUCAGAGGGAAGCUCGCUGUUCGGGACCGCGGUGGUCGAGCAGUAGCGGCUCCGCGGGCGCGUUCUGUCUCCACCCCGACAGACUCGAGCGAAGAGCGGGCUGCGAUGGCUGGCGGCGGCCGCUGACGUACGGGCGGUCGCUUCUUCGACGAGCGAGCGAGAGCACGGCGGCCGCUAUGCCCAACCAGAAGAGCGGCAAGGGGAAGAGAAACAAGCGGACGAACAGCAGCGGAGACGAGCAGGAAAAUGGAGCCUCGGCGGCGACGGCGGCCGCAGCGACUGCAGCAACAGCGGCGGCGACGGCGGCGGCGGCGGCAAGCGGAGGAGGAGGAGCGCAGGGGGCCGUCGGAGCGACAGCGGGAGCUGCAGCAGCCCAGCUGACCGACAACAGAGAGGCACCAUGUGCCACCCCACUGGUGUGUAGCCUGGGCCGUCCCGUUGACCUGGAGAAAGACGACUACCAGCGGGUGCUGUGCAACAGUGAGCACUGCCCUUAUGGCAACUGGAUGCACCUGCAGUGCUUCUAUGAGUGGGAGAGCAGCAUCUUGGCACAGUUUAAUUGCAUUGGCCGUGCACGCAGCUGGAACGAGAAGCAGUGCCGGCAGAACAUGUGGACCAAAAAGGGCUACGACCUGGCCUUCCGCUUCUGCUCGUGCCGCUGUGGACAGGGCCACCUAAAGAAGGACACGGACUGGUACCAGGUCAAGCGGAUGCAGGAUGACCGCAAGAAGAAAGUGCUGCCGGAAAAGAGUGGCGCCAAGUCCAGGGAAGCAGGUGCCUCUGGCGGGUGCAGUGGGGAGUCUUCUGAGGAGCCCAAGAAAGGGAAGUCGUCCAGUAAACUGGCACACCGGGGCUCCAACCAGGAGCUCUCUCGUCGCCAGUCUAUGGAGCGGCAGAACUCUCAGGAGAGAUGCCACAUGGGUGCAGCCUGUGAUUCUCCUGGUCAGUCACCUCCCUCUGGGUUCUCCUUCUUCUCACCUCAGCAAGCUGGAGGCCCUCGCAGCUCCCGGCAUCUGGGCGAGUUCUUGAAGAGUGCAGUCCACAUGGAGGGUGGCCGGAAGCACAUUUUGACCACUCGUGGGGGUGCUCAUCCCGACCAUGGCGCAGCGGUGGCGGCUGCAGGCCUGUGCCUGCCCCGUCUUGCAGCAGGAGAUAACCCUGUGCAGUUCCUGCGGAGGCUGGACCUCUCUGAGCUGCUGGCACACAUCCCCCGCCACAAGCUCAACACCUACCAUGUGCGCAUGGAGGACGACGCGCAGGCCGGCCAGGGUGAGGACCUGAGAAAGUUCAUCCUGUCAGCGUUGAGUGCCAGCCACCGCAACGUGGUCCACUGUGCUCUGUGCCACCGCACACUGCCCAUAUUUGAGCAGUUUCCCCUGGUGGACGGGACGCUCUUCCUUAGUCCCUCACGUCACGAAGAGAUUGAGUAUGACGUGCCGUGCCACUUACAAGGGAGGCUCAUGCACCUGUAUGCUAUCUGUGUGGACUGUCUGGAGGGAGUGCACAAAAUCGUGUGUAUAAAGUGCAAAUCUCGAUGGGACGGAAGCUGGCACCAACUGGGCACGAUGUAUACAUAUGACAUUCUGGCUGCUUCACCUUGUUGCCAGGCCAGACUGAACUGCAAGCACUGUGGAAAGCCUGUCAUUGACGUCCGAGUGGGCAUGCAGUAUUUCUCUGAGUACAGCAAUGUACAGCAGUGCCCACACUGUGGCAAUCUGGACUAUCACUUCGUCAAGCCAUUCUCCUCCUUCAAAGUACUCGAAGCUUAUUGACAAAAGUUGUCUUUAGCUCUAUUCGGACGGAAAUAAAUUUACAUGGAAUCUCUCUUUUUAAUGGGGGCUCCUCUGUGAUUUUAUUUCUGUCCGGAUUGACCAUAGCCCUGUUAGGACUGGAUUCUUUGGGGGACAUCUGUAUUUUAACAUGUGUUCUCCGUGAUAAAACUCACAUUCAGGUGGCAAUAAAAUUACCUUAAAAUAAGAGAGUUUAGUACAUGAAUGUUUACAUAACGUGGUCAUGUGAGUGAAUAAACAAAGAAUU